AUGGCGUCAAAGUUUAGUGCAAAGGAGGUCCACAUAAAAAUCAGAAACAUGACCCAAAGAUAUAGGUAAGUCAUUUUCCAUUUAACCAUUCUGAACACUAAUUGCAAAUGUACCAUCUGGUGGGAGUCCUUCGCUGUGGAAACAUUUUGACGCAGUCCACCAAAUCAUCGGUUUCAACUCAGCAAACAACGCUGAGAUUUUAGAAUCUUUUUCAAUGGAUAUAUUGACAUCAGGACCGCAGUCGGUGCCAUCCCCAGUGCCUCAGUCGUAUCCAUACGCUGCUGCUGCACCGUCAUCAACCGCAGCACAUCCACCGUCAUCAACCGCAGCCCAUCCACCGUCACCAACCGCUGUACCUUCACCGUCACCAUCGCCUCAAACUUCGUCACCGCUUUCGUCGCCGGUGGAGUUGUCCAGUUCUUCGCCACUUGACACUUCGAACAUAUCUUCGACUGCAGCUUCCACAUCCUCUAAAAGGAAAAGAAAUUAUAUGGGUGAGGUGGGGCAAUUAGCUAAAGAGCAAAACGAGCUGUUAAAAGUGGUCAUAGACGACGGAAAAGUUUUAACAGCAGAAUGCGUUAAUGCUAUUAAAGAGCAAAGUAGUGCUACAAAAGAAUUCAUUAGUUUAAUGAAAAGCGUUUUGGAAAAAAUGUAACUUUAAGUAGUAUACAUAUGUAUGUUUAAACAC